AUGAGGAAUACCUGCGCGAGCGCGAGCGUCUCAUCGCCGAAGAUUCCUGAAGCGGCGCAUGUCUUUCCAGGAAUGGAGUUCCUUACAGCACGCGGGACAAUCUUGAAGACAAAGCUUUUCCGGUGUGUGGCUGAGAUGCACAAGGACGCACUCCUUCAUUCCCAUUUGGACGCAACCGUAAACGCGCGUGUUCUCCUCAAUAUUGCACUCAAGCACCUCGCGAUACAUGUCCGCACUAGUACGCAGUUCACUGCGCAGACGAUCUACUACACCGUGCUGUCCAUAUUCGGUCCUUUGCCCGACGCUUCGUCGCGCGAGCGUGUCCUGCGUCCGCCUCCCCCGAACGGCUCUGCCACUGACUCGGACGCGCAAACAACGGCGGUGCUGCGAGAGUUGGAUGAAAACAGCGGGAACAACGUUAUGGUCCCUGAGGGUAUGCUAGAAGUCGACUCGACUUUCGUCCGGUUGUGA